UACUCAUAUAUCGAAGCCUAGAGAGAACAGUCCGAAAAUUGAGUCGUAACUAGAUGUGAAAAAUCAAUAUAAUAAGUAAAAAGGUUCUCUUUCUUCUCAUGCGUGAUAUGCUAUGAAUAUUUGUGAAAGAAACAAAGACAUUCUACUCACCUUUGUCUGUCUCGCAAAAAUGCAGAUUUAUUGACUAUCCAUGUUGAUUUUUCAUGACUAGAUACGACUCAAAUUUUGGAUGGUUUUCCCUAGUGAAUGUCGGAUCUAUUAUAUGUAUGAUCGUGGUACAGCGCAUACGUUGAAUGGAAAACAUUUUCAAAUUUUACAAAGCUAAAAAGGAAAAUAUUGUCAUUUUUAUUUUAUAUAUUUUAAUGAAAUAAUGUGCUUCCGAGAAAUAUUAAAAUAUUAAGUAGCGAAGUGAAAAGUGACGAAAAUUUUUCUCUUUCGGAAAAGCAAACAAGAACUAGGUAUUGUGUCAAAAACAGUUUAGAAUUAAAAAAUAUAAAUACAUUUAAUCAAGAUAGAAAUAUGGAUAAUAAUAAUGAACAAAGUAUUGAACGUGAGAUGAUAAAUGCAUGUACAAUGGGCAAGUGCGAAAUUGUAAACAAAUAUAUUGAAUCAUAUGAUAUAAAUAAGUUUUUAUGUGAUGGAUGGACUCCACUUCUGUAUGCUGCUUUUAAUGCGCAAAUAAAAGUCAUUGAGUAUCUCAUAAACAAUGGAGCUUAUGUUAAUAAGCAUAAAGAUGGCUAUACACCGUUAAUGGCAUUAUGCAAUUCUGUUAAAGAAACAACAGAACAACGUAUAAAAUGUUUUACAACAUUAAUUGAAGCAGGUGCUAAUCCAAAUGCAAUCAAUAAACAAAGACAAACACUUCUCAUGUAUGCUUGUAUGUCACAAGAACCAGAAUUUAUAAUAGAACUAGUGAAAUAUAUAAAAAAUAUUAAUGCACAUGACAAUAGGAAACAAACUGCAUUGAUGUAUGCAACAAUAGCUAAUAAACCAGAAGUAGUCAAAAUAUUAAUAGAAAAUGGAGCAGAUGUCACAUUAACUGACUGCAGUGGUCUAACUAUACAUGAUGUAGCUUCUAUGAAAGGAUAUGAUAAAAUUUUGUCGCUAUUAAAUCUCGAUGAAGAAGUAACAAUAAAUACUUAUAAAAUAUUUAAAGUGUAUGAGUGGAAACAUAUGUUUCCAUCACUAGUUAAUAUAGACAAUCAAACUAUAGAUGCUGAUGUUUAUACAAUCUUAUAUGGGAUGAAUUUAGAAAAAUAUACUCAUAUUUUUCAAGGAAUAAAUCUCAAAACAUUUUUAACAUUAACUGAAAAUGACUUAAUUCAUUUAGGAGUGGAUAUUAAUGCACAUAGAAUGCAAUUUACAGAAUGUCUUCAUAAAUUUCAUAGGAAAAAAUGGAGUAUACAAAGCAUUGGUGCUAUCAAUAAAUCGUUACCCUAUACAUUAUAUAAUGGUAUAGUCUCAUUAGGUAUAUUAUCUAAACAAAUUUCUGUUAUUGGUUCUAGUUUUCGGUAUAUUAAAAAUAGCUUAUUAAAGGUAAAUAGUGGAGAUAUAUAUUUAACUACUGAACAAAUAUCUAAUUAUGAGCAAGAGCUUAAAAAGGUACAAGAAACGCUUAGUAUUCUAAAAAACGAGCUUAUGCAAAUAAAAGCACUUUCUAAAAGGGUUGAAAAAGAAAACGAUAUUGGUAUACCCGCAACAUAUAUCAGACCAAAAAAACGUAACAUAAAUUGGCCUAUGUGUUUAAGCAUUACAUUAAUUGCAGGAAUCUAUUUAUCUAAAACAAUAUACAUCCAGAAAUAUGGAAACAUACAUCUUGUGUAAUACAAAAUUUUACAAAUUUUAAUGUUCAUUUAAAUUAGCUAAUUUUUUCAUUAAUGGAAAUAGUGGGUGGAAUGUUGGAAGAUUUUGUUGUCUGACUGUUAAUUGAUAACGUUCCAGUGGUCCACUACAGAAAGCUAAUCUAUCUCUUUCAUUUGGAUGUUUAUCCAUCCACUGAGAUAGUCGACCCACAGACCAACUUGUACUCUAUAUUAAUAGUACAAAUUAAUAGUACAAAUAUUAACAAAUUAGUACCAAUCUACAUUUUUUUAAAUUUAAGAUAAUUCAGUUCCAUUACAAAAUAAUAAACAUAUAUUCUCAUACCUGAUGUGGAGAUACUAAUUCAGGUGGUGCAGUAGAAAAUAAAUGUAAAAGAACAAGAGAGGAAGGUAUGCCACAUUCUCGUUCCCCUCCUAAAACUUUUUGGACGAUAUCAUCCGGACUAAGUGGAAGCAGUGUUUUUAAUGCUCGUAAUGUUCUAUAUUGUUGUUGUUCUGAUGAUCCCAAUUGCCCUCCUCUACAUAAUGGAGCAACAGCUAUUUCUAUCUAAAUGAAAAUAAAAAGAUAAAAGAUUGAAACUUAAAUACAAAAUUUUAGCAUGAUACUACACAUAUAUUACAACAUACCUGACUAAAAUCAAUAAUGAGUUUGGCUCUUCCAAAAUCGGUUAAUGGUCUUAAUAUGCAAGCAUGUCUUACAAAAAGUUCAAUGCACCGUGAAGCAACAGAUUUACAACUAAAAAUAUGAUUAAUUUCAGUAUUAUAUCGCAAAUACAUUAUAAAAGUUAUAAUUAUAUUUUUAAUUACCAUUCAGCAACUACUGCCUGAUUUUUAUAUGGCAUAAGAAAUGUAUUUACAGAACGUAAAAUAAAUCCUUGCAAUUCGCGCAUGUA